AUGCGCUCGGAAGACCAGCAUUGCCAGCGAUUCUUCUGGUAUGACGAGGAAGGUAACAUCGUGGUCUACAUCUUGCAGGUGAUGACCUUCGGAGCCUGUUGUUCCCCUAGCAGCGCUCAGUUCGUCAAGAAUAUAAACGCGGAACGAUUCAAAGCAGCAUACCCAGCAGCAGUUGAAGUCAUCCAGAAGCGGCAUUACGUCGACGAUAUGCUGGUAAGCGUUGAGACGGAAGAUGAGGCGUUUCAACUUGCGCAACAGGUGAAAAAGGUGCACUCGAAAGCUGGAUUCGAGAUGCGCAACUGGAUAAGCAACUCGGAACGCGUUGUGCGGGAUCUGCAAGAAGAACAUACAGAUGAGAAGAACCUCGAUCUGUCGCUGGAGCUAGCCACCGAGAAAGUGCUCGGAAUGUGGUGGUGUACUGAUUCGGAUACCUUUACCUACAAGGUCGGAUGGACUCGCUAUGGAGAAGCGCUAUUGAAAGGUCAACGACAUCCAACCAAGAGAGAAAUGUUACGCGUUCUUAUGUCUAUGUUUGAUCCGCUCGGACUGAUCGCACAUUUCCUCAUGUACCUUAAGGUGCUACUUCAAGACGUCUGGCGUUCCGGUAUAGACUGCGAUGAUGCAAUCGACGAUGCGCUGUUCGACAAGUGGCAAACAUGGCUGCAAGUGCUCCCGCAGGUUGAACGAGUCAGCAUUCCUCGAUGCUACCGUGCACAAACCUCUGCCAAUUGUAAAGACAUCCAGCUACAUACGUUUGUUGACGCUGGAGAUAACGGAAUUGCUGCGGCCUGUUACCUGCGCUUCGCUCAAGAUGAUGUCGUAGAAUGCAGAUUAGUAGCAGCUAAGACCAGAGUCGCUCCGUUGAAGUUUCUCUCAACACCUAGACUAGAACUUCAAGCAGCAUUGGUUGGGGCCAGGCUAGCACAAUCCGUAUCAGAUGCACUGUCAUUCCGAAUCUCUCGUCGCCACUACUGGUCGGAUUCCCAAGACGUACUUUGCUGGAUCAAAUCUGACCACCGAAGAUACUCCCAGUUUGUCGCGUUCCGAGUUAGCGAAAUCCUGGACACCACGGAGAUGAACGAAUGGAGAUACGUUCCUACAGAUUUAAACGUAGCAGAUGAUGGGACGAAAUGGAAAGGACUUCCUAGUUUGGCUUCAGAGACGAGAUGGUUCACCGGGCCCGAGUUCCUGCAGCACCCGGAAACUGGUUGGCCAGACUCAUGUACUAGCUCGAAUGAAGCCGUUCUCGAACUUCGCCGUAACGUAUUAACUCACUUCAUCGCCCCGGAACCGAUAGUCUUGUCCAAGCGAUUUCUCAGACUGGAAUCGGAUUGUGAAAGUGGUUGCUCUAGCUCAUCGUUUUCCUGCCAACUGCAAACUGAAGCGCCUCCAGCAACCGAUCCACAACAGGAAGCCUAUCCGGAAGAAAUAGCAGUCCUUCAGAAGUCGCUACAGUGCUCGGAUUAA